AUGGAUAUUUACAGCAAUCCGUGUUUCCGACACGGCUGUGUCCGGGCACAGCCGCGCUGCCCCGGGUGUGCCCACGGCAGGGACGCGCUCCCGGCGCAGCCGGGCCCAUCACCGGGGGAUGUGUCCCUCCUGCCCGGCCAUAUAGGCAGGGAGCGAACACACAGGUGUCACCGAACCCGACCCGGAGCUCGCUGGAACCCUCCGGCUCUGCCUCUUCCGGGCGGCCCCGGCUCCGCCCCGGCAGCGCGGCCUUGCCCGGACCGGCCCCGCCACCGCCGCUCGGCUCCUCCGCCCCAGGCAGAAAUGUUCCAGAUGUGGACACUUCUACCAAAAGCUUCAAGUUUCAGAGGGAAAAAGAUGUGGCUAUGUGAGCUUGGAAGGUGGAGACUUUUUUUUUCUGCGAUGGCGCCAAGGCUCAUUCCAAGAGUGAAUUCCAAAGUUGGAGAUUCUCUGUGCAAGGAGAAACACGCGGUUCUGCUCAGCCCCGUGGGAAAGAUCGAGAUCUCUGGGUGUGAAACGGGUUUACAUGAAAUAAAACUUCCCAAAACGAGCGUGCUGCCAAGUGGGGCAGAGGCCUCGGCUGCCUGUGAAGUGUGUGAGGGAGCGGAGGAGAUGCCGGAGCCACUGGAACAGUGCACGGCCUGGCUGAGAGCUUAUUUCUGUGAGCCAGCCACCCUGGCAAACCUUCCCGUGCCAGCCUUCCACCACCCACUGCUCCAGCAAGAUUCCUUCACCAGACAAGUGCUGUGGACCCUGUUGAAUGAUGUGAAGUUUGGAGAGGCUGUUUCCUACAAAGAGUUGGCAGAUCUGGCCGGGAACAGCCGAGCAGCCAGAGCAGUGGGGACAGCCAUGAGGAGAAACCCGCUCGCCCUCAUAAUCCCGUGCCACAGGGUGAUCCGCAGCGGCGGGAAGAUCGGCAACUAUGGAGGGGGACACCUCAUGAAGGAGUGGCUUUUGUCACACGAGAAGCUCCAGAAGGAGAAGUUGGCAUAUUGAUGCGGCUCCAGCUGCUAACCAGCCAAGACACACAACCACGGAUCCUUGGCUUAUAACAAGCUCUCAGAGCACCCAGCAGAAUUCAGAAAAAUGGUAAAUAUUUGAGUGACAUAUAAAUAUAAUGCAACAUCCAAAGUGAAAUGUGUGGUGGCACCACUAUAUUAAAAAAGCGGGCUGCGUCCUGGGGGAGGCAGCUCGGCUGCCCUUUCUUGUUUUUACAUUUUACAGCAGAAUGACUACAGCGAUCCAGGCCUGUUGUGCACGGAUUUUGUUCCCAUCUCCAGUCCUGUUUUGUUCUAUUUUUAAUGUCCAUUAAAGCAGGGAUAAGGGAGUGGGAGGGACGUGGCAAAUGUGAGGUUCAGGCUUCCCCCUAAGGAAGCGUCUGCCUUGUGGAGGGCCCUGCCAGCUCCUGCCCAGCUCCCCCUCCCCACUUUGGGGCAUAAAAUGGUGUUUUACCUAAACAGGAGUUAACAGAGCACAGUGAGGUCUAUUCAAAAGCAGGCAGCUAUUGAAUUCCUUGUUCUUGGCUUUUCUUUUCAAAUUGGGAGAUGGGAACAAUUUUUUUUUUUUUUGCAUAAAGCAGCAGAAGAGAUGCUACUGAAAAAACGUAUAUUUUGGAUAAGCAGCUCGAUUAGUCCAAUAAGGCAAAAUAUUAAAAAGCUCAUCAUAGUUGCAUCAUUAACAGCAGCACAUUCCUUUAGAGUUUGAUGUUUUCCCUUCUGCAUUUCUCUGUUAUCCGAAGCUUUAUUUCCUGCCUCUCCAUAGGAAGGAUUCAAGAGACAUUAAAGCUAAAUUUUGAGGUGGUUUUAGCAGGGUUCUCUGUGAGUAGAAGCCACCAGAAGCUGAAAUUUCCAGUAUGGGAGUCGUAAAUUGUAACAUGGAAAUACUGAUUUUUUUAUGUGUUUUAUCAUAUUUUCAUGGAUGUCUCUUUAGAAAGGCCAUUGCUACCCCCAAAAAAUUAUUGUGUCGUGAUGUGUUAGUUAAUCCAGGAUUAUUGAUACCUUGGAAUUACUUCAAUAAAAAAACUGCUUUGCAUGUG